AUGAUCCAGAGCACUCUCCGUUCUUCACGGUUGAUCUUCCACACAAAUACUGCUUCUCAUAACAAGAUUCUUCUAGCUCCAAGUGUUUUUGGCCAUCCUUCCAUUCGAAACUUUCAUGUUUGUAACAACAACAACAACAAUCAUCCUGUGACUGCCACUACUCAAUCGACUUCUUCCGAAUCCAAUAUCACUUCUGAAUCUUCCAUUUUGACAUCCACAACUAAAACUCUCAAUAACAAUUCUGUAACCACUGGUGUGAACGCCUCUACAGAAGAAAAACUCUCUCUAUUGGGUAAAAUCAAACGUUUCAUCAAAGAACAUGGUUUUAUGGGCCUAUUUCUCUACUUUUCCAUGUACUUUUCAACAUUGGGUCUCUUAUUUGUCAUUUUACAACAGGGUCUUUUACCGACUCGUGCCGUGUUGGAAUGGUUGAGUGAAAAUGGAUUUCGUUCAUUCAUUGGCGAUUCGGAAAAGUUAGAUUCCUCUCAAAAGUAUGCUAAUUUUGUGUUGGCUUACAUUGUGAAUCGAUUGUUGGAACCUAUUCGAUUGGUCAUGACCUAUCGAAUGACUCCAAAAGUUUCACAAUUUUUGAGAAGAGUGGUUUUGAGAAAGUAA